AUGGCACGGCGCCAGGCCAGCAAAGGGCUGCCAUCGAAGGGCGAGAAGCAAAAUGAGAAGCCUUUCAUCGGCAAAACACCGAUGUUUCCGCCAUGCCCAUGUCUACAAUAUGGCAGGUAUUUGGACAAGCUUGGGAGCCAGAAGCGAGCCCCACGGUACACCUUCUCCAGAAGUGAGUCGGUCGUAGCGAACAAUCCAACCCUCGAUGUCUUGAUCUACUUUUGGGACGAGCGGGAUGGUGCCAACUUCUGCGGCUGGUGGUUCGGGCCAAAGGUUGGAGGAGACCAAGUCUGGGCCUACAACAGCGAAAGGCGUGCUGAGCAACAAGGAGUGAUGAAUUGCCAACAGAUUCUGCAGAAGCUGACUGGUGUGACGCCUGAGACCAUUGAUCACAUCAAAGAUGAGGUGGAAAAAAUGGUGAUGCAGGAGCUGCCAAAGUGCGGAAGUCAGGCAGAAGCUGUGAGAGCUGAGGCUGCCCAACAGAUUCAAAUGGCACAGGUGAGAGUGGAGCAGGUGAAGCAGCAGCGGAUUGAGGAGGAGAGGCUGAACGGUGAGCGCUGCGAGUUUGCCAAAAAGGUCCUGGCAGAGUUGAUUGCUUUGGUGACCCAGGCUGAGCAAGACACUGCGGCCCUGAAAACCACAGCAGCUCCUGUUCUUGAAUCCAAGAUCAUGAGUGAAGAAGAUGCUCGUAGCGCUGGAAAGGCUGUUAGCGAGGUCUCUGUUGCUGCAAAGGCUUCUUGCAAAGCUUGCUCCGAUUUCAUCGUGGAACGCCGAAUGAACAUCGAUUCUGUCAAGCCUCCCCUGUUGGCUCCGUUGCGGGAGGAGCAGCUCAAGAUCCAGGAGCGCAUUCAGGAGUGCUACAAGAUCGUGGUAUCCUCAACCAUUUCGGCCAAGGUGAUGAUUGACAAAGCAGUCAAGAAGACCGCGGCCACCAAGACCCUUGAAAAACGCACCUCUGCCUUUGAGAAGUACAAUGGCAAGAGGGAGGUGAUGACAAUCGACGAAAUCCUCGCAUACGCCAAGGGCGAGUACGCAUUUGCUUUUUCGAAGGAGGCAGCGGCAGUUGUUGCCAAGAAGUAUGGAGAUGGCAAGAGCGUGCCGCGCGUGCACUUCCAGCGUAUCAAGGUUGCCGUAGGCAUUGCUCGGGAAGAAGAGGCUUCCAAAGCACGGAAGAAGGAGGCUGAACUGAAGCGUUUGGCACUUGAGGCCAAAAAGAAGGCCAUUGAAGCUGAUAUCCAGAAGGUGGCGGACGUCUUGGCAGAAGCGGAGCCAGCUGUUGCGAAGGCAGAAGAAGCAGGAAAGACAGAGCAAUUGUCACGAGACUAUCUGAAUGCUACUCCUGACAAAGAUGCAGUUACAGCAGCCAUGGAGUCAGCUUCCGCUGCUCUGAAGGAUGCUCAAGGCGAGUUGGGAGAUGUGAGGACACGUCUCAGUGACUUGGUGUCUUCUGCAGAUGAUGAUGUGAAGCAAUGGGUCACCAUCGAGAUCCGAAAAGUGGAGAUGAAGGUGGCCGCAAUGGAUGCUCGACUUGUGCAGACCGGUCAGGCCGGUGAGCGUGGCCGUCACUUCUUGCAGAUGCUCGAGGCUAAGGAGUUGCACGCGGCAAAGAUUGAGGUCGCAAAGUUGCUGCGAUCCAAGAAGUUGGACGUAGAAGAGCUCUUCAAGGCAGCCGACAAGGACGGUGAUGGAGUUGUGAACCUGGUGGACUUUACUGCUCUGAUCGAAGGAUGCGAGGGCUGCAAGCUCAGUGGCGAGAAGAUCGAACAGGUGUACAACAUGUACAACGAUGCGGGCUCCGGCAGCUUCAGCAAGGAGACCCUCUUCUUGGCAUCUCGCAGUUACUACUUCGUGGCGGCUGAGACAGUGCUAAGCAGCACCGAAAACCUCGACGGUGAAACACUUCGCCGUUUGGAGCUGAAGGAGCUGUUGGAAGUGUUGGAAGGUCCUGUGGAAGAGGCCAGUACCAAGAUUUCCCGCGUACGCUGCCGAGCUGUUUUCGACGGCGUCGAGGGGUGGGUCACAAUGGCAGGCAACAAUGGCACAGAGUACCUCAUGGCAUCAGAUGGCAACUUGGAAGUUGUACGAGAAGUGCCACUUACAGAUGCCUUGCACGAGGGCAACGUCUUGCGCCAGUUGAGCCACGGAGAGAAGUUGGAGGUCCUGGAGUGGGACAAGAAAAACCCCGCCGAGGAUGUUCGUGUCAAGGUGAAGGUGAAGGGCUCUACAGACAUGGGCUGGGUGACCAGAGCUUCGGCCGAUGGCAUGCAGUACUUGAAGAUCCAGUGUACGCCCAAUCGGGCGCAAAAUCUUGACGGACCACUCUGCUCGCAGGAUUCCGGCUUGGCGGCCAAGACUGCAGCGCAAAACAUUCAGCCAGGGCAAUACAAAGCAGAUCGCGACUUCGUGAGCGACACAACCAGGGAGGUCAGCAAGAAUGUAGAUGCUCGAUUCCGGAAAUCUCCUGGGUGGACCUUUGGUGAUGAUGCGCGGAUGGAUGAUGCUGGUGUACUGAAGGGAGUCCGGAAUCCAGGCAACAUCAAGAUGUGGAUCAAUCCACUUGGCCCAGGACAAUAUCCUGCAGUGGAUGGUAUGGAACAAGCUGCCAAGGUGCACUUGACUUCCUCCCCAGCUUGGACGCAGAGAAAGGGUCAACCGGCUGAGACCAUCCGAGCAACAAAGGCUGCUGGCUGUGCUCCUGGGCCUGGUUACUAUGCACCGGAGACGAAGGUGGAGAAGCCGGGCCGCCACAGAGUCUGCCGAAAUGCGGGGCAGUUUAGCUUGAUCUUCAGCCGCAUUGUCACCAGCCCUACUUUGCCGAGAUGCAAAUCAGAAACUGCAAGUGCGUGCAGCUCAAGAGAGAGGGCAAGUGAGAGAUUGGCCGAGGUCAGCUAG